AUGCAUGUCAAGCCGAGCGUCGUUCUUGCGCUUCUCUCCACUCUGCCAGCCCCCAUACAUGCAGACAGUCACAACAAAUGCGCCGCCUUUGUGAGAGGUGACAGCGACGACCACAUCACGCAACACGCCUGCAUACGCGCGCGGAAUUGGUGGGCUGCUACUCACAAACUAGGCUGCGAAGACUGCCUCUAUUACGACGAAUGGUGUCAGUCUGGAGGUUUCGGCCUCGACGGAGACACCUGGAAUUGGUACGCUCGCGAUGUCUGCUACCGGUCGUACCCGGGCGACCCAGGCGACAAAUGCGGAAAGCACCUUGAGGCACGAUGCAUCAACUACUAG